CCACCAACGCCGCAACUUCCGCCUCCUGCUAUGUUGAAUGCUCUUGCUACAUCCGCCACUUACAGCGGCGAAAACGGCGGAGGUCACUCACAGUCGUGGAUACAGAGUUUGAAGCCGAGCAUCCUGAUCAUAAUUCUAAUUCUCUCUAUAACCGUUCUUGUCUCAGUCUCUCUCUGCUUUUUCCUCCGCCAUCUCAACCGCCGAUGCAUCCGUCACCUCACGACCACCGCCUCCAGCUCGUCGUCUUCUAACCGUCGCAUUUCGCCAGAGAUAUCGCCGACGUUUGCGAUCAUCGACUCUCUCCCGCUGUUCACUUUCUCCUCAAUCACUCGUCGCUGCUCCUCUACAGUUACCGCGGCCGCUGCCUCAGGCGGUGGAGACUGUGCUGUUUGCUUGUCCAAGUUUGAGCCGCACGAUCAGCUCCGUCUUCUCCCUCUAUGCUGCCACGUGUUCCACGCUGAAUGCAUCGACACGUGGCUCCGAUCAAACGAGAUAAACCAUACUUGUCCGCUCUGUCGAUCUCCAAUUCAAGUUUCCGAGGCGGAUGUCAUGAAAUCAAUGCUAGCCUCAACCACCAGAAACGGUGGCGAUGAUGGAGGAGGAGGCAGUUUCCGUCUGGAGAUCGGCUCAAUCAGCCGUCGUCAAAUACCAACACUAGACUCAAUCGAGUCUGCUAGGUCAUUCUCCAUUGGAUCAUUCGACUACAUUGUGGAUGGAGAAUCGGAAAUCACAGUAAACCAAAUGCACCAUGGAAGCAUUUCAAAUAAGGAAGAAACUGUAACUCCUCGAAACACGGCCGAUCCGGAGCCAACUCUUGUCUCAGAAGAAGUAGCCUCCGGGAGGAGCUGGAUUGAUAGACUCUCAAAUUCUCUUUCCUCUCGUACACUAUCAUUUAGAAGUUCGGGACGAUUCUUCACCGGAAGCAACCACCACAGCGAGAUUUCUGGUACCAUGGGGUGGGACAUGGAGGCCGAUCGUGCAGGGGAAGAAAUCAGUGAACUUUUCCGUUGGUUCUCCGGGGUAUGAUCUGCCAAUUCAAGAAAGUUUCAGGGGCAAAUUAGUAAUUCAGUUUCGCCGCAUCAAUGCCUUUCUUCGUGCCACAACCCAACAUACAAAAAAUUACAACUAUAAAUAUUCAGCAAAUGGAGUGGAAACGGUUGAGAUUUUUUUUGGUCAUUCUGAUCAACGGCUGAGAUGUGGAAAUUGCGGAGGAGUUCUACGAUCCAUUGAUCAUGUUAGCUACUCUCCACUGUCCAGUACUAUGGUAGGUGAUGGCAGAGGACACAUCAUUUAUGAUGAAUCACCGACCAAUUAAUUGAAGAAUUUUCACAUCCUCUAGGAUAAUGUGAGUAUUGACCAAACCUUUUUUCUUUUUUUGUGUAUUUCUCACAAAUUGGUAACACAAGGCUACAUUUUGUGAUGCAUGUUUAUUUCUCCAAAUUGAUUCCUAUUUUGAGUUACACAAUGCUAUAAA